UUAUAUAACGCGUGAAUAUAUCCUCUAUUGUAUUCUACAACAAAAACAAUCAGAGCGCCUCGCUAUCACUAGUUUUAUUUUGAUCUCCCGGGUCCGCUAUUAGCUUUUAGCCAGUUAGCAUCAGCAAGCGUGGUUGCUGCUAACUGCGCUUACAUUGCUAAUACUCUAUUCACACACAUUACCACUGCUGUACUCACUGUUACUUGCUUUAAUGGCGGAUGAAUGUCUCCACUCUGUGCAGCUCGAGCUCGAGGCCGUGGGGAAGCAGAUUCGCGACCUGGAACAGAGGCAGGCCCAGCUGAGAGAGCGGAGAGCCGCGCUGGAAUCAUCCCGGGCUGACGCUCACAAGUCCGGGGUAAGUAUACAGCGUGCUGUUAACAGUCCCACCACGUCUACUCCGUGUGUUUCUCUGCGCAGGCCCGGGGGACCCAGGACGCGAUCUUCCCAGAUGUCCUUCACUGCGACGCCGGGACACCACGGACCCUGGGUGCAUCCACAGCGGAGGACACGAGCUGGGUCCCGUGCGACGACUUCUCCCCCUCCUGCCUUCGAGAUCUCCAUCCAGAACCGCUUCGCUCCCCUCCGCGAGACAGGACGCGACGCUGUGAUCAUCGGAGACUCCAUCGUCCAACACGUAAGUGCUACGUUAGCUGAAGGUAAAGUGCACACUCAUUGUUUGCCUGGUGCUCGUGUUCUCGAUGUUUCUGCGCAGAUACCCGCGAUCCUGAAGGACGACGAGAGCCCCAGAGCGGUCAUGCUUCACGCCGGGGUUAACGACACCACGCUGCGGCAGACGGAGACGCUGAAGAGGGACUUCAGGAGCCUGAUCCAGACGGUUCGUAGCACGACGCCCGCGGCGACGAUCGUCGUGUCAGGACCACUGCCCACCUAUCGACGAGGACACGAAAGGUUCAGUAGACUUUUUGCUUUAAAUGAAUGGUUGUUGUCAUGGUGUAAAGAACAGAAAUCUUUUCUGGGAGCGUCCUAGACUGUUUCGCGCUGAUGGAUUACACCCCAGCAGAAUUGGAGCGGAGCUUUUCUCUGACAACAUCUCCAGGACACUUCGCUCCAUGUGACUAGAUUUACACAAGCUCCAGUCUGGAUCCAGAACACCUGAGAAGAGAUGAUGCUGACCCUCAGAGGACCUCAGAUGAUGCUGACCCUGAAUCAACAAACAGAACUAACAAUUAUUGCUAAAUGUGUGACUGAAUCAUAUAAUAACUUAAUUAAUAAUAUUGAUAGUUCAUCGUCUAGCUGACUACGUCUUGUAUUAUUAUUAUUAUUAUUUUUAUUUUUUCUAAAAUCCUGUCAA